CGCCCAGAAAACUCUCCUCAUUAACUAAUGAGCAGGAUGUCAGCGGCUGCCCACACACACACACACACACACACACACUGAUCAUCUCAUCCCGUGGCUGAGUGUCAUCGCCCUGCAGGGCUCUCAUCACAUCACAGCUGUAUCCAGUCUCCUCAUUCAUGAAGUGAAACUGUUCUUCGCGGGAUGGAGGCGCUGGCUCUCUUCUCCUUCGCAGCAUCAGAAGCAGACGAGAUCAGUUUUCAGAAGGGGGAAAUUCUCAAGGUGACGGAAAUGGAGGAGGAUUCUUGCUGGGUCACAGCAGAGAUCCAGGGGAAACGUGGCUACGUGCCUCAGAACUACAUUUCCCUGCUUCCUUAUCCGUGGUUUGCAGGACGCGUGUCCAGACUCGAAGCCGAGAAGCGCCUCCAGCGGCACGACGCCGGAGUGUUCCUGGUGAGGGAGAGCGAAUCAGCUCCUGGAGAGUUUUCUGUCUCCGUGAGCUACGGCGAGAGGGUGGAGCACUUCCGGGUGCUGGAGGGCGGAGGUCAGUACUGCAUCUGGGACGAGUCCUUCCGCUCCCUCAACCGCUUGGUGGAUUUCUACAGAACUCACAGUAUCGCCGUGGAGAAAGCGGUCUAUCUCAGGGACCCCCCCGCAUCGCAGCCUGAACGCAACCCGUACCCCAACCCUUACAAAAGCAGCUCCCAGGAGUCCCUCCCCUCAGCCCGCCUCCAGGCCCGCCCCCCUCGCCCAGAGAGGGAGGCCUCGCACCGCCUCCCUGACCCGGCCGCGGCGAAUCCCCGUGUGGCCCACGCGCUCUGCGACUACACCCCCCCCCAGACCGCCCACCUCCACUUCCUCCGGGGCGACAUCAUCGACCUGCUGGACUGCUCCAGCACACUGGCCUGGAGGGGGCGCUGUCGAGGCCGAGUCGGAAUAUUUCCGCCGGAUUACGUCCAGCCGCUGCACCACUGACGACACGGCGGACUGGAGGGACUCGACCUCCUGAUCCAACGAACCGGCUAUUAGUGAAUUAGUGAAACAAUUAGUACAGCGGCUGAUCGAUGCACUGACAGAAAAUGAAUUCAGCGCCAUUUUUAAAAUAUUUAUUUGAAGGCCUCGAAAGGGUAUUUUCUCAAUCAGCCUUUUGUUUUCUCACAUGAGCAAUUCUGUGUGAAACAACAAGGAUCAUAAAGACUUAAAGGGGAGGUUUUGGGAAUAACUACUGCAUAUCUUACUCGGAUAAGAGUUGUAGAAGGCUUUUCGCGGUGCCAGAGAGAGCUGCCAAAUGUCCACAUGUGAUGUUACUCGAGUCUGUUUGUUAGGCCCAAGAAUACAUGUUUUGAAAUUAGAAAAAUCCCACUGGACGUCUGUGGCUCGCGGCUCCAGGCCAUAUUAGCACAGCCCGAGUGUCGAUGGAUGAGUUGCAUUGUGGCAAAUGUAGGCACCAGGAUUUGACAGAAGAGGAAUGAAAAGAAAAAGACCAUGAAUCUUAUUCUGCUGCACUGGUUUAGAUUCUAGUGCAACGCUGAAUUUGUGCCCCACUGCUUUUAAAUUUGAAACCAAUGUUAAUUAUUUAUGUGGUAUGAAGAAAAAUUGCCACGUAUUUGUGUGUUUCUACCAUUGAAAUUUGAGGACUUGUUUCUUUUCUCUUUCCUUUAUUAUUAAUAACUGAGUAACGUAAUGACGAAAGUAAUGAAGAGGAUAAAAGAUUUGGCCCUCAGUGAACCUUUACAAAUCCUUGAUCCCAAUAACCUCCUUCCACCAAACGCUUGUAUUCAAAAUAUGAAUAUGAAAAUGCAAUUGAACUUCAUAUUUGCUUUGUCUGACCGCUUUGUCUAACCUCAUCCUUAGUGAAUGUAAAUAAACUGUGAACAAGACCAAUAAAGAGCGAUAUAUCUGGUCGUAAAUACUGGACCAACA